AACUAUCUUCCCCUUCUCAUUCUCCUUCUCCUUCUGAAUCAAAUACGGUUUCUUUGAUAUCUUAAGAAUGGAAUUUGAGCAACCCAUUUUCGGUAGCCAAAGCGAGAAGGCUAACAAAAACCCAAGCCACAGCCAACAAUAUUGCGCUGGCAGUAGCAGCGGCAGCGGCAGCACAAGUUCUUCACCUAGGCUAAGCUUCUCACAAUUAUCAGCACCAGAUGAUCUGAUAACCGGCCGGGGAAUGGAGUCAUUCCGGACGACUUUCCAAAGGGGUGUGAUGCCGGGACGUACUGAUUCCGCGGAGAGCAAAAUGGACUGGUUACGGUCUCAAAUUAUCGGUGGCAACAUGGAAUUCGAGUCCCCGUUUGGGGAACGGAGGUUGACCUACGCGGAUCACACCGCCUCCGGCCGGUGCCUUCAUUACAUCGAGAACUAUAUCAUCGACAAUGUUCUACCUUCCUAUGGAAAUAGUCACACAAGUGACAGUUACGUGGGGAACAAAACAACCAAAACGGUGCACGAAGCCAACGAGUACGUGAAGCGAUGCCUAGGCGGUGGACACGACGACGCCCUCAUUUUCUGCGGCUCCGGCACCACCGCAGCCAUCAAGCGUCUCCAAGAAGUUAUGGGUGUUUCCAUUCCGUCAAUCAUGAGAGAGAGAGUGCUCAAGUGCCUAUCCAUUGCAGAGAGGUGGGUGGUUUUCGUGGGGCCGUACGAGCACCACUCCAACGUGCUCUCGUGGCGGCAAAGCCUGGCGGAGGUGGUGGAGAUUGGGUUGGAUCAGAAUGGGUUGGUAAAUGUGGAAGAUCUACGACUUCAACUCGGGUCGUAUAAGGGUACUAACAGGCCCAUGUUGGGGUCUUUCUCAGCUUGUAGUAAUGUGACGGGAACGUACACCGAUACUCGAUCCCUUGCCCGAUUACUUCACCAGUUUGGAGCAUUUGCAUGCUUUGAUUUUGCGGCAAGCGGUCCUUACGUGGAGAUAGAUAUGAGAUCAGGGGAGAUGGAUGGGUACGACGCAGUUUUCCUAAGCCCUCACAAGUUUCUGGGGGGACCAGGCUCACCAGGCAUCCUUCUAAUGAACAAUUCUCUCUAUCAGCUCAGGUCUUCUCCUCCAUCAACUUGUGGAGGUGGCACCGUCGAUUUUGUCAAUGGUUUCAAUGAAAAGGACACACUAUAUGUAGAAAACAUACAAGAAAGAGAAGACGCCGGAACUCCACCAAUCAUCCAGAAAAUCAGAGCAGCAUUGGCCUUCUGGGUGAAAGAAUACAUUGGGUAUCAAGUGAUAGAGAAACAAGAGCACGACUACAUACAAAAAGCAAUGGAAAGGCUACUACCAAACCAAAACAUACGGAUCUUGGGUAACACAAAGGCUGAUCGACAGCCAAUUAUGUCUUUCCUUAUUUACACCACGACGUAUUCUUCCUCAGCUGAGAUGAUGGGUUCUAGCAUCGGUGGGGGAGAGGUGAAAGGGCUUUAUAUGUGGAGUGAGACCGGGAACAAGAGAGAGAAGCCUCUCCAUGGCCCUUUUGUGGCAAAGCUACUCAAUGACUUAUUUGGAAUCCAAGCUAGGGGUGGUUGUGCUUGUGCUGGACCUUAUGGUCAUAGUUUGUUGAAUGUUGACGAGCCUCGAUCACUUGCCUUCAGAUCCGCCAUUAAGUUGGGUUACAAUGCAGUGAAGCCAGGAUGGACGAGAAUCAGCUUCCCCUACUACAUGGCCAUCGAAGAAUUCGAGUUCAUUUUAGCUGCACUGGAAUUCGUAGCUGUAUACGGCCAGAGGUUCCUGCCACUAUACCAUUUGAACUGGAAAACCGGAGCGUGGAGUUUCAAGAAAAAGGCGCUGAGAGAGACUCAACAAGCAAUCGAGCACAACACCAACUUCUAUGGCCUGCCAAUGGCCAGUGUGGUGCUGGCAUUAAACCUCGAGUAUCAUGAAGCGAAAGACUGCGGCAACAAAUGUGAUCUAGACUCUGGGGUGAUCGGAAAGUUCGCAUCGUAUCUGGAGACCGCAAAGCGGAUAGCGAACCUCCUUCCCAAAUUCCCGACUCAGCGUAAGGUUCCGGAGGACAUAGACCUUGACCUCCUUCCCUUUCGGGUCUAGCCAGUGUUCUAAAACUCGGAAAUACUCGGCGAGUACUCGGUACUCGGUGCCUAGCCGAGUAGAGUUAGGGCUACUCGGUGGAAUUACUCGGCAUUACUCGGCGAGUACCCGGCGAGUACCGAUUACUCGGUAAAACGAGAUUACUCGAAAGUGGGGAGAAAAUCGAAAAAAAACUGAAAAAUGGGGUAAAAUACAUAAUAUGUUAAAUUUGAAGGGUCGUUAGUGUAAUUUCAGUAUAGUUUUAUACUUACCCUAAUCGAGUGAACACACCAAUCAAGCUACUGCUGCUGUUCCUCUUCUUCUUUGAGAAGAAGAGAAGGAAUAAUUGACUACUAAUUUCGUACUUCGUUUCAUUUGGUUUGAAUGUUGAACUUUGUAAUUGACUAUUAAUUUCGUACCUGGUUUCAUUUGGUUUGAACGUUAAGCUUUGCAAUGGACUAGUAAUUUUGUACGUAGUUUCAUUUGGUUUGAACUACGAACAUUGAACUUCUCAUUAUGCAUUAUGAAUAUCAUUUGGGGAACAUUUAAAAAAAAUAUUCCAAGUAAUUUCUACUCGCCGAGUAAUCGCCGAGUACUCGGCCUACAAGGUACAAGGUGGCCGGCCGAGCGAGUACCGAGUACCGAGUUUUAGAACAUUGCAAGUG